UUCUGUAAACCUUAAUCGACUUUCUUGUCUUCUCUUGAAUAUCUUGACCUGAGUGGCAAUAACCUUAGUCAGACUAUUGACUGGCUGCAGGUGCUUUACAAUCUCCCUCGCUUACAUGAAUUGAGGUUAAGUUCUUGUAGUCUUUCAAUUAUCGGUCCUACAUCUCCUUCUCUUGUAAACUCCUCUGAAUCUCUUGCUGUCGUUGAUUUCUCUGAUAACCAGCUUACAUCUUCAAUAAUUUAUUGGUUGGCCAACUUUAGUAACAGCCUUGUUGAUCUUCACCUCUCAAAUAACCAAUUACAAGGCUCUCAAUUCCAGAAGCUUUCGCAAACAUGAUUUCUCUUGGGACUCUUGAUCUAUCCUCUAACCAAUUACAAGGUUCAAUUUCAGAUGCUUUCACAAACAUGACUUCUCUUAGAGCUCUUGAUCUAUCCUCUAACCAAUUACAAGGCGAUUUGAGUUCAUUUGGGCGUAUGUGCAGUUUAAAUGCACUGUAUAUAAGAAAAAACAAUCUCACUGGAGAGCUGUCUAGUUGUUUCAAGACUCGCAUGGAUGCGUGGAGAAAUCACUGGAGAUUCUAAAACUAGACGAAAAUCAGCUUCAUGGUUCAGUGCCUGACAUCACAAGAUUCACUUCCAUGACAGAGCUGGAUCUCUCUCGGAAUCAACUGAAUGGAUCUUUACCAAAACGAUUUAGUCAACGUUCUGAACUUGCUGUGUUGGACUUGGAUGACAACCAACUCACUGGAUCACUUACGGAUGUUACGAUGCUUUCAUCAUUAAGAGAGUUGUGGAUCGAUAACAAUCGCUUAGAUGGGAAUGUUUCUAAAAGUAUUGGAAGUCUAUUUCAGCUCGAGGAAUUGCAUGUUGGAGGGAAUUCCCUACAAGGUGUGAUGUCUGAAGCUCACUUUUCAAAUCUCUCCAAAUUAACGGUAUUGGAUUUAACUCAUAACUCCCUAACUUUGAAAUUUGAGUCUAAUUGGGCUCCCACUUUUCAAUUAGAUGACAUAUCUCUUUCGUCUUGUAAUUUGGGUCCUCCUUUCCCUCAAUGGCUUCGAAAUCAAAAUAAUUUCGUGCAGCUAGAUAUGUCGAACACCGGAAUUUCAGAUGCAAUCCCAAAUUGGUUUUGGAACUUGUCCCGUUCCAACUUGAAAUUGCUAGACCUUUCUCACAACAAGAUGAGUGGAUUUUUGCCAGAUUUCUCAUCAAAAUAUUCCAAUCUCCGCAGCAUAGAUUUGAGUUUCAACCAGUUUGAGGGUCCAUUACCACUUUUCUCAUCAGAUGCCACAUCAACCUUGUUUCUCUCUAACAAUAAGUUUUCAGGUCCAGCUUCUUUUCGAUGUGAAAGUGGAAGUGGUAUCUUGAGGGUCCUUGACCUCUCAAAUAACCUGUUGACUGGAUGGAUUCCUGAUUGUGUAGGAGAUCUAGAUGUUCUGAAUUUGGCCAGCAACAACUUUUCAGGUAAAAUUCCCAGCUCCAUUGGAUCAAUGCUCAAACUUCAAACAUUGAGUUUGCAUGAUAAUAGCUUUGCUGGAGAAUUACCUUUGUCUUUGAGGAAUUGUAGUUCUCUAGUAUUUUUAGACCUGAGCUCAAAUAAGUUGCGAGGAGAAAUACCAGGUUGGAUAGGAGAAAGCAUGCCAUCUCUGAAAGUCCUUUCCCUA